GUCUGACCCCAUGCAAUGCAGGAAUCUCAGCUAAAGCAACCAUGCCAGAGGGCCACCCAAUCUCUUCAGCUGCAAAGAAGCGGCCCAUUCACUCUUUCGCAAGCAAAUACAACUCUUGUCGGAGAGAUGUCCCACAGCAAACGUAGCAGCAAGGGAGCCGGCCCUUCUCAGGCACAGCACACGGGUUCAGAUGAUGAAGGCGGCACACUGAGUCUAACGAUGACACCCAGCCAGCUGCGGAAUACCUUGGAGCGACGCCCACGGAGUCAAGUGGAACUCAAAGCACAAGAGCUCGUGCAGUUUAUUCUGUUCAAAGACCAAAAGAAGAUCCCAGUUAAAAGGGCAGAUGUUCUGAAACAUGUUAUCAAAGACUAUAAAGAUGUCUUUCCUGUGAUCAUCAGACGUGCCAGUGGGAUCUUUCAGCUGGUAUUUGGACUGGAGUUGGUGGAACUUGACUCCAGAAAUCCCACAUACAUCUUGAUCAAUAGAUUGCCACCACUGGAACAGAGCUUGGAAGACGAUGACAUCAUCUGCAAGAUGGGGCUCCUCCUUGCCAUUCUCAGCCUGAUAUUCAUGAAGGGCAACGUGGCUAAAGAAUCUGCGGUUUGGGAGCUGCUGAAGAGGCUGCGAAUUGACAGCCUUAGGGGAAGAUGCAAGGCAUUUGGUGAUGUGAAGAAGCUCGUGACAGAGGAAUUUGUCAAGCAAAAGUACCUGGAAUAUACUCGCCUCCCACACACUGAUCCACCUGAGUUUGAGUUCAGAUGGGGACCACGGGCUGUUAGAGAAACUUCCAAGAAGGAGGUGUUACAGUUUGUUGCUAAGAUACAGAAAAGGGACCCAAAAUCCUGGAUGAGCCAUUACCAGGAGGCUGAAAUAGAGGCUAAUGCUGCAAGAAGAAAAUAGCUGUUACGGCGUUGGAUUACAGGGAGUCGUUGGAACCCCCAACUGGAAGUGGGUCUGCAGCCUUCUAUGAGUACUUUGAGGGGAGAAGUGCUUUGAGGUUCAUUUUAUAGGGCUUGGCUCCAUAUAAAGCCGUCUGCAGCUUGGUAGGUUUCCUCCAAAUGGAGGAAAGAUUCCGUAAUACACUUGGGUCUCUUAAUCCUUCAGUCCGAUAAGAUUUAUCCGUAAAGAACAUGUCUGAUUGAUGAUUAAGUUCAACGUCUUUGUGAUAAAUUUUUUUUAAAAAAUUGUAUGGUUUUAUAUUGGUCAGGAGAAUAUGGAUCAGAGAUAAAAGUUAUACUCAGAUAUAGAAUGUUUCUUUAUUUAACUGCCUCUGUAAUAUGGAUAACACACAUUGUAAAGAGUGUUUUUUUCAUUAAAACAAAAUAAAAAUAUAGGGCACAUCCA